AUGUCUUGCCGCUCAAACCCUGCAUGUGGCCCUAGAGAUUUCAGCUCUUGUUCAGCUGUCCUACCACCCAUGGGGAAUGCAUCCCGGGUCAGCACUUCCUGCUCCACUAAGUUCAUUGGUGUCGGUUAUGGAGGAGCUGGCUGCUUUAGUAGCAGGAGCCUGGUGGGUGCCAACUCUUGUGGCCCCAGAGUCGCCGUCAAUGGUUGUCUGCCUCCAAGAUGUGGAUAUGGCUACCGGGGUGUUGGCGCUGGAUAUGGUUAUGGUGGCACAGGAUGUGGUUACGGUUUCAGGCGUUCUGGGGUCUGCUCACCUUGCAUCACCCCUGUGACUUGCAAUGAAUCCUUGCUGCAACCACUUAACCUGGGGAUUGACGCCACAGCCCAAGCAGCAAAGUGUCAAGAGAAGAAUGAACUCCAGUGCCUCAACAGCAAAUUUGCCUGCUUCAUUGACAAGGUCCGAUUUUUGGAGCAGCAGAAUCUGCUGCUGAAGACCAAGUGGAACUUCUUGCAAGAGAGGAAAUGUUGCAAAAGUAACAUGGAGCCCAUGUUCAAAGAAUAUAUUGCUAACCUGAAGAAGCAGCUGGAGCACCUGGAAUGUGAGAAAGCGCAGCUGCAGGCAGAAAUGAAAAACUGGAGAGACACUCUGGAAUGUAACAAGAAAAAGUUCGAAGAAGAGUGCCACCGACGAACAUGUGCUGAAAAUGAAUACGUGACCAUUAAAAAGGAUGUGGAUUGUGUGUUCAUGGACAAAUCAGAAAAAGAAGCCAAAGUGGAGGCUUUGAUGCAAGACAUCUGUUUUUACAGAGGUACUUUUGAAGAGGAAAUCCAUGAGCUGCAGUCUUGCAUUUCAGAUACCUGCGUGACAGUGCAGAUGGACAAUAGCCGAGGUCUGAAUAUGGACAGUGUAAUUGAGGAAUUCCGGUGCCGGUAUGAAGACAUUGCAUCCAGAAGCCGGGCUGAGGCUGAAGCUUGGUGCCAGUGUCAGUAUCAAGAAUUGAAAACAACCGCUGCCAAACACUGUGACAACCUGCGUUGCGUCAAGGAAGAACUUACUGAGCUGACCAGAGCAGUUCAUAGGCUGGAGGCAGACGUUUCAAACGUGAAAGCCCAGCGUUGCAAAUUGGACGAAGAGAUUGCUGCAGCUGAAGAGCGUGGGGAGAUAGCCGUGAAAGAUGCCAAAUGCAAGUUGACUGAGCUGGAGGAUGCUCUGCACAAGGCCAAGCAGGAUAUGGCCUGCCAGCUGCGGGAGUACCAGGAGCUGAUGAAUGUCAAGAUGGCCCUGGAUAUUGAGAUCACCACCUACAGGAAGCUGCUGGAAGGAGAAGAAUGCAGGUUGGGUGAAGGAGAAUGUGCUGUGAACAUCUCUGUGCGAAGAAGCCAGGGUGCAGUUGUAUGCGACACCGACCCUCGAUGUGUUAGUGGACCCCGUGGUGUGUGCGGGCCUGGAGGAAGGACAGUGACAACCUGUGGGACUCGAGUGACAACCUGUGGCCCAGCCAGAGAUGUGUGUGUGGAUGCCAUGCCUCCUUGUAGGGAUGCAGUGAAUUGUGCUCCCUGUGUCAGCGCUUGCCCACCUUGUGGAGAUGUAUGCCCCCUGCCACGGGGUUUUAGCAGUGGGAGCGCGAGGGGCUCCAAUAUCAAAUUUGUAGCUCCCACUGGCUAUUGUGGACGAAGAUUCUAG